UAAAUUCUACAUUCAGUUUUCACUCUUGACAAGGGACUUCCAGACCACAGUCAGAAACCAUAGCGAGGUAGACAGUAGUGAAAACAUUAAGCAAGAUACAAUUUCCAAGAAAAUUACUUACUCUACACAUUACUAAACACUUUACAGUAAGUUUCAAAUAAACGGAAGAAAAGCAGAGCUUUGUGAACAGAACAUACCAAAAUGGACCAAACCGGUUUCCAGAUGGACAACACUAUCACACCUCUUCUGCCCAUCCUAAUAAAACAUUUCGCAAGAAUAUCUACAGCACAGCGGAACAUGUUAGCUGAAGGGACUUUGGACUCAGCCACACAAGCUACAGUGGCUGAUGGGAUACUCUCUGUGGACAUCUUGACAAAUAUGACAGUGUUUCAGGAGCACAUGCAAAAGAGUGCAUCUCAGGCUGCUGUGAGUACAGUUUUGGAGAACUUCAACACUCAAUUCAGAGACUCCCUCCCUGGUAGCAUUGCUUGUGCUUUUCAAGUCCCACAAGACAAAUGUGAGAUUGCAGAAAAUAUGUAUGCUCCACACAACAGCUCUGAAUCUCCAGAAGAGAUUAUGGAAAUAGAGGAACCAGAGAGAUGUGAACUGCCUCGGAGCGUAAAAUCCGAGAUCUCCAUCCCCUCAGUGAUUGAAGCUGUGACUGACAUCCUUGCCAAAUGGUCCAGUAAGACACGAGACCUUACAGAAGAGGCUGAAAAUGCUGUCCUUUCUCCCAGAACCUCUCUGGAAGCUCAUAAUGUAGCAUCUGACAUUGUCAAAACUGUAUUAGAUGACCUGCAUUCUCAGGACUUGGGAGAUGUAGCUAGCAGCAGUGACAAAAGAUGCUCACCAAGACCUCAUUUUAAUAUAGGGUUAAUAUUUGAUAAAGUGAGAGACUUUCUUGUCUCACAGGCCGCACCUUCACAAGGUAUCGCCAGUGCCGACCAAGCAGUUUGCAAACGCAGCUUUUUCAAGUUUGCUAAAAAAAAGUUUGUCAAAAUGAUGAACGAGCUGAAGACAAAACACGCAGACUUCCUUGUGAGACCCAACUCAGAUUCCUGUCAGCCUAAACCCAUGGAAGAGGAUGACUUUGAAGAAGCUAUUGAUGGCAUUUUACCAGGAACUGUUCCUUAUUCUCCAAGGCCCAGACGUGCAUCUAGUGAUCCAACCAGCAACUCCACAUUGAUCAGCAUGAGAGAGCAGCAGUUUUCUCAACUAGAUUUUGAGAACAUCAAAAAAGAUGUUGACAGCUUGUUUAAUAAAUUCAACCUUCCAGAGAACGCUGCAGCAAAAUCCAACAAAGCGCUGGAAGACAUCAAAUCCACGGGCGUGAUCAGGAAGUUUUCAAAGGAGCUGACUGACAAAAUAUACGGUAAUCUGAUGGCUCGCCAGACAUAUAAGAUUCCCACGGUCCAAAGGGUGAGAAGCGCCUCUGCCCCUGUCAGGACGAAGGCAUAUACCGCCACAGAGGACGCAGUGCAAAAGUUCUUGCAGCAGCUGCUGCUCUGGAUGGAGAUCAGCGAUGAAGUGGCAGGUGCCUUAACUGACAUCGAAGACCUAAUCACAACAGUGCUGAUUCCACCACCAGAAAAUGCCACUAUCAGGCUGGAGUGCCCUGAAGCCAGCAACAGGCAGACUUCAAGAAUAUCAUCUAUUAAUGAUGAUGAAGUUUCUGCAUCCGUCUGCAUGGAUUUUGAUGGUGAGAACUUGAAUGUCAGGGUUCAUGUUGACAGUCAGCAAUUGCGCAAAUGCAAUGUCGAGGUGACUUCAGGAGCUCCUGAAGAAGUAACCUCUGAACCCAGAGCAAUCAAUUACUCCUGUACUCCAGUGCCUGAAGGUGGGGAUCUGUCCGCAGCGUCAAAUGAUUCCUCUUCUUCCACAUCAGAGCAGAUGACCAGCAAAUUCAUCACUGACCUGCUCAUGAGGCUUGUCACAAAGGCCCCUUUGAAAACCAAAAGGUCCAUGCAGAUGGCAGACAUCAACGCCAUCAUCAAGCGUCUGUCAGACAAGGUAGUGGAUGAGAUCAAAUUCAUUGGCCCUGUUAGAAAAACCAAGAACUCCAUGACAAAAGUCAACAAAGCCAUGAUUAAAGACCUUGACCGGGAGUUUGGCUCUCCGAGAAAGAUACUGGAGGCUGCAAUGGCAUCAAACCAUACAUCUUUUGAUGAUGCUGUUGUGAAGUAUCUGAAAAUCCAUAUAAAUGCCCUCUUCAAUUCACCCCCAAAGUCCGCAGUUUCCAGGUUCUUUUCAGCAUUGGGAAAAGCUGCAAGCACGACCUUCGCGUGGUGCAUCAUGUGUUGUGGUCCAGUAGCUUACAGCUCAGCUGUCUCACACUGACCUGAACCUUUCUCACAGCGGCCAUUUUGACGUACAGUAGCAGUUCUGUUCUGUUUCUGAUGGCAGAUGGCGCCUUAGCCUCUGCCUCAUAGUGUGAAUGGGCUAAAUGUGAUGUAGUGUAAAAGUGCUUUUAGUGGUCGUAAAGACUAGAAAGGCACUAUACAAGUACAGAUCAUUUACCAUUUACACUUGGGUCAAAAUGUCCGCUGUGAGAAACGCUCAGUGCCGCACUGCAGCUCAGUGUUUAACACUGUGGCCUUACAGCAAAGAUCUGGGUUGGACUCCCUGCCUUGAGCUUUGCUGUAUGGAGUUUCUAUACUCCCCGUGUUGGCAUGGGUUUUCUCUGGUUGCUCCGGUUUCCCCCCCUAUUUAAAAUUUUUAAAAAUCAUAAAAUCAAUAAAUUAAAAAAAACCUAAAAUAGUGUUUGAUUUUGGUUGUUUUUUUCUCUGCUCUCAGAUUGGUUGAAUCUGACAGUAUUUUUUGCAUUGAGUGCACGUGUCAUUUUCAGCUCAAUACAACAAAUUGAGCUUCACAAUGGAACAAUGGUUUUUCUCAAACGUUUUCAUUUCAAGGACCCCUAAACUGCCACAAAUUAGACCACAGAUCCCCAUUUGAUAAGAUUUUUUCCCAGCAUCCCCCAUCUGAAAGGAUUUUCAAUGUUUUAUUACAGAAAUUGUAUGAAUCCCAAAUAGUCAAAUAUUCUUUCAUUGUGUUUCAUGGAAUUAUAGUGAAAAUAAAUAUAACUAUCGUCAGUCUCAUCUAUUGUCACGACUACAAUAAGGCCCAUGAAAGCGGCUUGGCUGUCUCUUUAGAUAAAACGUUUUUAUUCUUCCAAUGCAACUAAAUGCAAUCAGAGUCCGAAGAUGUUCUCACUUACACAUGAAACACAAAUUGAUGUGUUACUAUCCCAACGUUUUGAACAUGCAGCAUUAUUUAACUAAUCUCUUCUCCCUUACAGGACGUGGUGACGCAACUCAGACAGCUGCAGGACGAUCUGCUGAGGUUAAAGAAAUAAAAUAAAAAGGAUGAACAACCUGCUACGGCAGUUGACACUUUGCCCAACUUUGCUCUGGAGUCUCAAAUAGCCAGUGUUUUAUUCCAGCUAGCCUCAAAAAAUUACCAGACACAAGAGGCAGGACAGACAUUUUUUGGGGAUGCCUGUCUGGCGACCACCUGUGUGCCCAAGGACUGUUAUUCAGGUAGGAACUACAAACACAAAACAGAUGGCUCUAUGAUAAUAGCUGACAUUGGUUUACUGUCUAUUAUUUUUUAUACAUAAAAUAUCCUAAACUCUCUGUUUCAUUCUCUUUCCUCAGGUACACUCCCCUCUGGUCCUGGAAGCUGCUGGGCCUUUGAAAGUGGGUGUGGACAUUUAGUCAUCGCCCUGUCCCACCCAAUCGCCGAAAAAAGGUGUCUUCAACUUUGUGAAGCAAGUCAAGUCAAGAGCAACUUGGGCCAUCCUGACUACUCGUGUCUGUACUUCUUCAGGGUCCAUGGGAAGCUGGCAGGCUGAAGACUGAAAUAAAGGAGAAGAUCAACAUGUGGGUGCAGAGCAGAGGAUAAGUAGAUAUAGAGAGGUGAGUUUUUGUGAAGGGGAAUCAGACUCCACACAUCUAAAAUAUUAACAAAUGUGUGCAUUUUCAUGGGUGGGAAACCAGUAAGCCAGGACUGGUGUUCAGUUCUGGUUCUCUCUCCGUGUUUGCGUGGGUUUACUCCGGGUGCUCCAGUUUCAUCUCACACUGCAAAGACAUGCAGAUUAGGUUAAUUGAAUGUAUGCAUUAUUAAAACAAUAUAGACUUUUUUUUUAUUUACUACAUGUUUUUAAUAAUGUUUAUGCUUGUUUUGUUAUUUAUUUGAAAUCCUUAAUAUAUAUAAAACAUAAUAUCAUUCCUCCAUCUUACAAAAAUCACACCCAGGUGAAAAAGAAAUAUACUUAAGUUCGUACGUUGAAGAGGACUUGCACAGCACACGCUGUGGUAUUUAGAAACUGUUAUGGUGUGGACAGAGUGGACCAAAAAGCAACGCUCAGGAUGAAAAGUUUUUAUUUAGGGAAAAAGGGGUUGAGGGAGUGGAGGUGAGGGAGAGGUGGAUGCCGGGGAAACACGGGCACGGGGAACCGAGGCUACUUAGACAAGGGAGCCGGGAGCCACUGGGGACCGAGGAAGAGAGGAGGCACGGGAGAAGUGACCGGGAGGGUUGGUGGAGGAGUGUGGUGGCAGGCUGACUGGCUAAGCACGGGGAGGAGCCAGGAGGAGGUCCGAGGGGAGAGGGCAGGGUGGCGAGCCCAGUUGACUUGACAGAGGACGAGGGUGAGUGAACCUGGGGGAAGGCAGACAGACAGGGUUAGACACAGGGACAAACCAAGAGUAGGGAAACGGAAAUGAAGGGGGGAAAAAAGGCUUGAGGCAAACGGUGACACCAGGUCUGGAGCAACAACGAUCAAGCAGCGAUUGACUGGAGAACCGGGGUUGAAGUACUGUCAGAGAUGAGGCUGAUUGCUGGCAGGUGUGGCAGGCAGAGGAGGUGGCCGAUGAGGUGCAGGUGCGGACUGUCAACUGGCUCAGGAGCAGAGAGAGAGGGAGAGCACACACAGGGGGAAAGGAGGAGACACUAACAAGCAGGCCAAAACACCAGGGGAAAACAUUAUUUUGUUUAAUUUUACAAGCAAAAUUAACCUCUAAUUAACUAA